AUGACAGAGCACAUAAAAGCAGAUAUCGACCCGGAAAAGGCGCCGGAGACGGCCGAAAACAUCAGGGAAUAUGUUAGAAAGCAUGGGGCAGCUGGCCUCACUACUACCCUUGGAAAUCUCAAUUCAGACCUAGAGAGGGACGCUCGCCGGAAAGAGGCGAUCGGGCAUUUACCCAGACGGACACAGAUGGCCAGAGACGAAGAACCGCCGGCACGCUUUAGAAAGCCGGGUGAUCCAUUCACCAUUCGCGAGACGACAGUGACAGAGAGCAGGAGUCAAGGUGGUGUCCUCGUCCAUGCCAUAUGGAAGGCUAGGAAAAUAGGAAAAUCAGAUACUAUAAUUAGCCAGGGUAUUAAAGGAGAAGAUCUCCAGGCACUCGAAGGUCCCGCCGGCGCAGCAAAAGCUCGACACGCCGAGAAUAAACGGAAGAGAGAGGAGACAGAGAGGGCGAAGGAGAGAGCGACUGCAGGGGAUAGCAAGAGAAUCUUGCGUUGA